AUAUGUUAUGCUCAGAUUCAGAUUUAACGUUACUCGUGACAAAAGAAGACAUGAAUUCAAGAUAAUUGCCGUCUGUUGGCAUUGUAACUUUUAGUUGCGCCGAUACACUACAAAUCCCAUGAACCCCACGUACUAAGAAGCACACGUUACGUCAACCAGCGUGGGGAAAACUCACAUGGUAGCUGACUGGAAAUAGACAGGACUACAUUCGGAGCAGAGUUUCUGAUGUACUAUAAUAGUGGGGAAUCUAGAGCUCAUCUCUGAGGCUGCCUUGUGGUUGUCUGUAGAAGAUGUCUGCAGCUAAAGUGAAAAUGCGCGAGAAGAAGAUGAGGAACCAGCCCGCCAGUGUUCAGUACCCAUCUGUGCUGGAGAGCAGCACACAGAAGAACGGGGGGGACACUCCGGUCACCGGUGGAGGUGGAGCUGGUGGUGAGGCCGGUGGUGCUGGUCCAUCUGGCUUCUAUCCAAAUACAGAAAGGCCAAAGAACCCCCACCAGCGGGGGGGAUGGGUCCGAGGACACCAGAGAGAUGGUGGCGGCUACGCCAAGGAGAUGCCAAAAUACAUCACUGCUGGAGCUUUUGCCAGGGCCAGGGCGGCGGAGGUGAGCACCAUGCUGAAAGCCGUCACCAAGACAACGGGCAGCUGCCAUGUGUUUGGAGCCUUACCCAAACACAUGAGGAGACGGGCGAUGAGCCACAACACCAAGCGGCUCCCUUGCAGACUGAGAGAUUUGGCCAACAGGAUGCGAGAGAAGAGCCUCCAGGGCGGCAAGAAGAAGGAGGAGGCGAAGAGCAAGAGCCGCAAGGCCCGCCGCCGGCACGGAAACCUGCUGCUGGAGUUCAACCGCCGGCAGAGGAAGAACAUGUGGCUGGAGACGCACAUUUGGCACGCCAAGCGCUUCCACAUGGUAAAAAAGUGGGGCUACUGUCUCGGGGACAGACCCACAUACAAGUGUUACCGGUCCAGCUACAGGGCUAUGAGCAGCCACUGCCUGCUACAGGACCUUUCUUACUACUGCUGCAUAGAGCUACACGGAGAGGAAGACAAGCUGCUGGCUUCUCUGUCCCAGCUGACCAGCAAGGAGGCUGGUCCCACAUUUGCUGCAGCACUGAGUCUAUCAGGGCAAAGACAGGGCAGUGUGGUAGUGUACAGAGCAGGACAGUACCCCAUGCAGCCCCUGGGCCCUGUCACCUUCCUCUGGAGACCCCGUGCACAGGGCUCAACCCACAGGCAGCUGUGGAUUUGGGCUCAUCCCACAACAAAACAGGACCUUCUUCUUGAGUUACAAACUGUCUGCCAGUGUUGUGAGGCCGUACUUCCCCCCGUUGCUCCAGCGGUGACACCCGCUGACGUUGUUCCCGCCAUAAAACUGGAACCAAAGCCUGAAUCAACCCCUAAGGCCAAGCAGGUGACUGGAAUCAAGAGAAAGCAAACCUGUAAAGUUGACGGUGAACCUCCUGCCAAGAAGAUCCUGGGAGAUGGAACCAGAUCUCCCACCACCCCGGUUACCUGGAAGUCCAGCUCAAAUGGGAUCGUUAUAAGUGAUCUCACGAUGGAGAUCGUACGCUAUCGUCUGAUUGGACCACAGUCCCAUUCUUUUCUGGCGGAAACUAUAGAAGCAGCUACAAACUGUGAUGAAAUGAGCAAAUCCCAGCCCUCCUCUCUCUGGUGGCCUGAGCACUGCAAAAAUGAGAGCAAGAUGGACCUGCAUCAACAACAAGCCGAUGUCUUUCAACUACUGAAAGGCAUCUAUUCAACUGGAGACCUCCCCUCGGGCACAGUACUUGGUCUGAAUGUUGAUGACCCCAGGCUGACAUUACCCACAAAGAAGGUUAAAGCUUUACCCAGUGUAAAGCAGGCACAAGAAGAGGAAGAGGAGAAGAGGAGGGAGCUGAUGUUGCGAGGAGUCCCAGCACACUGCUGUCAGAGUAACCUGUGGGAGCGAUCUGUCCGGGAAAACGUCACGGAUAACAAGAUAUCAGAGCAGGAGCUGAACCGUAUGAAGAGUGAGGUGCUGGUGCCGGGCUCCAGGCUGAGCCCCACUCCCCCGCAGGGCCGAGUCCCCAUCCUGCUGGUCCACCAGCCCGGCAAACAGGUGGGGCAUGAGAUGAGCUGCUGGGGUGCUGGAUGGGAUCUGCUGCUUCCCAAAGGAUGGGGCAUGGCCUUCUGGGUCCCACUGACGUACAGAGGGGUUCGCAUCGGAGGCCUGACCAUGAGUCUGAAACACUCUCAGAAUAAAGGAGCCCCACACUUCCCCCAUGAUUACCCAGACUGCCCUGCAGGCGUUCGCUUUCAGGAGGAGCAGGAGGCUCAGCUCCUGCACAAGUUCAAAAGGAAUCCGCCCGCCAAAAGGACCAAUUACAUUAAACACGGCUGUCUGGCCCCUUUCUGUUGCCCGUGGCAACAGCUGUCCGAGGAGUGGGAGCUCAUCUUGAGGGAAGGAGGAGAGGAGGGGGAAGGAGACCACCGGACCCAAACGGCGACAGAGGCCGAUGCUGUGAUGGAGGAGGCGGCGACAUCACGCAGAGACGUCACCGUAGUAACGCCUCCGAGACGGGUCACUGUACUGAGGAACAGAAAGUCACUGAGGCUGCUCUCUGGUUGGUGCAGACCCACGACAUCUAAAGGUCAAAGGGCACGCCGUGGCGGCGAGCUGUCCCCUCUCGACCGGUCGGCCAUGAAGCUGUUUCUGUCAGCACACGGGACGAGUCUGGUGUGGGUGCGCCUUAGGCUGCUGUCCAAGGGCAAACCAGAGCUCCACGCCAUGGUGUGCGUGCCAACCACGGAGGACCUGAAGCUGCUGGACAAGGAGUCCGGCGGCGGCAGUGGCCCCCAGGAGCCGACGCACAGAGACCACUUUAAAAGUCGAAUUAGACGUCGAAAGAAGGGCCCCAAGAGGGCUGCUGCCUCGUCUUUGUGUUCCGAUAAGCCAGAGGGCAGAGAGUCAGACCCACGCUCUGGCUCUGAACCAAACCCCACCACAUCUAAAGGCCCCAAAUCCUCCCCCCAAUCAACCCCUGACCUCACCUUUGGGCUGUGGCCGGACCCUCUUCCGAGCGUCACCUCCCACUGCUCCCGGGUGACGCUAGGCUGGGUCACCCAGGGCGACUUCUCCCUGUCUGCCGGCUGUGGGGAGGCACUGGGGUUCGUCAGUGUGGCCGGUCUCCUCAGCACCCUCUUCAGCCAGCCGGUGGAACACAGAGGAACGUUGCUGCUGCGCAACCCCGCGUCCCUGCACUACCGCUUCACUAAAGUCAACCUAGAGGUUUGAUUGAAACGUCUGAGCCUGUGCAGAACUUAACAAAGAUCAACACGGCUUCUGUCCUGCAGAGGCCUGAAAUGAUAUGUAAUCAAGUCGCAUGAUGCUUCAUUAACUAAGUGAUCCCUAUGCCUUGGUAAUGUUCGGAAGACCUAAUAUUGUGCAUGGGGCCUAACUUUUUUUUUUUUUUUUACUUCUAUAUAUUUUACUCUGAAAGAGGCAUCAUUAUGGUUUCAGUUGAGAAAGGUUGGAUGUGUUUUCAUACUGAUGCUUUUUGUAAGAGGAAUGCUGCACAAAAGAGAUCAGUUAAACACAACUUGGUUUCCAAAAAUAAUUAAUUAAGGCUAAUUUUACUUCCCUCUAAAUCCACGCUAAGGAUGACAAGUGUAUUUAAGUUAGUGGUAUUCUAUUCUUUUUUUAAAAUGUCAGAUUAAUGGGUUUGAAUUUGAAAAAGUGUCAGUUUCUGUUUCAAAACAAGCCACUCCAUUAAAGAUUGUUUCAACAUAAGCUAAUAAAAUACCCAUGCUGCACUUG